AUGGACCUUCCCUCCUCCCCCGCGCCGACCGCAACAACAACGCAGGGGCCCCCCAAAGGGGCCCCCCAAGUUACCCACGGCCUUCAGGGGCCCCCCAAGGGGGCCCCCCUCGAGACUCCUGUUACCAAGAAACUCCCCCUGGGGGCCCCCGUGGGUGACCCCAUAGGGGCCCCCAGGGGGGCCCCCAGGGGGGCCCCCAAGUCCCCUGGUGGUCUAGAAGGGGGUGGGGGGGCCCCCAGGGGCCCCCGGGCUGAGAAGAGCUGCGUGAAUUUUGUACGGCUACUGAAGAGAGAAAGAGAAGAGGAGGGGGGGGGCCCCUUUUUGUUUUUGUUAGAUAAUUAUUUGGGUAUGGAUGGGGGGGGGUGUAUGCAUGCAGCAGCAGAGAAGCAGCAGCAAACAGAGAAGAAAGGAAACAAGGGGAUGCAAGCAGACAGCAGCAGCAGCAGCAGCAGCAGCAGCAGCUGUAGAGGCAGCAGCAGCAGAUGCAGAAGCACCGGAGAUGGGAACAGUAGAUACGGAAGCAGCAGCAACAACAGCAGCAGCAGCAGCAGCAGCAACAGAAGCAGCAGCAGCAAUGUGCUGCUGCACCCCCCAAAAGCAACAAGUUCGCAGCAGCACCGAAGCCGCACCACCUAUCAAGAAACAGAAGAGCAGCAGCAGCAGCAGCAGCAGCAGCAAGAACGACAACACCAGCAACAGCUACAUCAACAGCAGCAGAUACAAGAGCUGCUGCAGCAACGGAUAAAUCAGCAGCAACAACAGCAGCACGAACAGCAGCAACAGCAGCAGCAACAGCAGCAGCAGCAGCAGCAACAACAGCAGCAGCAGCAACCAGAGGAAGAGGCACAUGAAGAAGGAGCCCAGGAUCAGGAGCAAGCAGAUCAGCAGCAAGAGCAGCUGCAAUACCUGCUGCUGCAGCAGCAGCUGCAGCAGCAGCAGCAGCAGCAGCAGCAGCAGCAGCAGCAGCUGCAGCAGCAAGGAUGGCAGCGACAGACACAAAGAAGAAACUCCACGAUGGAGAAAAAAAAACUAAAAGAAAUGCGAGCUCAGCUCAAAGCUCUCUUCAAGUACGCUCUAUACACUGCAGCAGCAGCAGCAGCAGCAGCAGCAGCAGCAGCAGCAGCAGCAGCAGCAGCAGCAGCAGCAGCAACAGCAUAUAUAUUCACAAGCUGUAUCUCUCUCUCCCCCCCCUUCCUCUCUACCCUUCCAACCAAAACCCAAAAUAAAAACCUAAAACAAACAAACAAAAUAAUUAAUUAA